UAAGCCGCUGUCAAUCACAGCUCUGUAAAAGCGCUGAUUGGCGGGAGCUGGGCAUGUUCGUAGACUGAAGAUGGCGGCUACCAUUGUGAGAAACAUCGGGUCAAAGCUGGGCAGGAACCUGAGGGAGAUCAGGGUCCAUCUGUGUCAGAGGUCUCCGGAGAGUCAGGGGGUCAGAGACUUUAUUGAACAAAACUAUGUAGAACUCAAGAAGGCUAAUCCCGAAUUUCCCAUAUUAAUCAGAGAAUGCUCAAAGGUUCAGCCUAAACUAUGGGCAAGAUAUGAAUUUGGGAAGGAAGUGAGCAUCCCAUUGAAUAAUCUGAAGGCUGAACAAGUAGCCAGAGCCUUGGAGUCUGUUGCGAACAGCAAGCCAUAAAGCUUCUCAUUGAACCAUUCUGUUGUUGGAUACAUUUUGCCUCGAUGGACCAUGCGCUAG